AUGAAUGAGAAUGCUCAUCAGGAUAUUCAAUCGAUAAAAGAAUUCUUGCUAGAGAACAAUCCAGCGAGAAUCAAUCCGGACAAUCAAGACGAGAUAACAGAUGAGUUUAUCAAUUGCUUUCAAAAGUUGUUUGUCUUUUUCAAUGAGAAGAGUGAGAGUUUAUCAGAUAGUUCCAGAUUACUUGUAACUGAUACCUUUUCCAUAUGGGUUCUAAGGACAACGCAAGUCAUCUCUCAAAAGAAAAUUGAUAUUAGCGGCUACUUUAACAAUGCCAAAGAUGAGUUUUCAGAUGAUAAGUGUACCAAGAUCUUUCAAUAUGUGCUGGAUUUUUGGAUCGACGGUAAUUCUGCAUUUAUCAACGCCUUGAAGGAUCUGUUCAAUAAGUUCUUACAUCUCAUAAGAAAAUUACGUCCUCCAGAUCAAUGUACUAAACUCUUCACUUCAUGGCUUGAUAGGGCUUUGCAGGUACCGUCAUCCCUGCCGGUGCAGUACUACUUGAUUGAUGCGUUGGCGAGAGAGCUAGAUCUUUAUCACAUACUGGAAAAAAAGCCUGAUUUCAUUGAUACUUCAUUGUCUCUUAUGUGGUCUGAUGCACUUUCGAAUCCAGUAGGUAGAUGUUUAUCCCGUUUCUUGAUAAACAUUUUCGAUACCCAUCUAAAGAAAAAUCCUGCAGCGAUUUCAGAUUGGCUUGCCUUGUGGCAAGAAUCUGUCAUGAUCCACUUGGGGGAACCUCGAAGGAGGAAGGCCAUCGAGCUUUACGUCCUGGCUCCUGUGUUUAAACAAAUGCCCAAAUCUGCCUUUAGUAAAUUUGUUCAAAAUAUCAAAACGACCAAUUAUCCACUUCUAUUGAGUAUUUUCAAACUUGGUCAAGAGCUGGGGAUUGAAGAGGAACCAUUCCAUGAAAACAGACUCAUUUCUCUAGAUAUUAUAGCCAAUUUUCUGAAACAAGACAAUCUGAAACUAUCUGCAUUUGAGUUACUCACAUUAUCAACAAAGAAAUCCCAGCCGGUUCGUCCCUAUGUGUUCACUUUGGUGGAAGAAAAUUUGACCCCAUUCUUUGUCGACACACAGAUUGAGACCAGAAAUUACUUCUGUAGCUCUUUCAAGCAUUUCCUCCAUCGGAUAAGAGAUUCUGCUCAUGCCUCCAACAAAAGUGCGAUGAGCCUGAAGAGGGCUAACAAAUUUCCAAAAGAGCAAAGAGAAAAGUUUACCUACCUCGAAGAAUGUAAGACAUUUAUCCAAUAUUUACUGCAGUUUCUAAAAUCACAGAUCUGCCCUGGUACACAAUACCAAAGAAAUGAUACAGCAUUCAAGUUACUUAAGAUAAUCGUCGAGAGCGGGGUCGAUGCUUCCAUACCGAAAAGGUAUAUAGAUACCAAAAAUGCUAGAGAGUAUCCAUUUUCCAUCCAAGUUUUUGACGAGUCGAUGGUAAGACUUUUGUUUGAUUGUUUGGCAAGUAGCUACCCCGAUAUUCGACAAAUGGCUAAAAAGUCGCUCUUGAUGGCCAUUGGAAGUAGUUACGGAGAUACUGUGAUGGAGCGCACUGAUUGGAAGGCGAUAGAGGAGCGAUCCUUGAUUUUUCUCAAGGAGUAUCAAUACUCAGAUAUAGGUGCUGUACUUCAGGAUGUCCUAUACCGUACAUCGCAAGAUAAAUCAUUAUUUAUCAGCGACAGACUGGAAAUACUACUUCAGAAGGUGCAUGAGAGUAAUGGCAAUCACUCAAAGAAUAUUGAUCAAUCGAUAAAUGGCUAUUUGACCUCAUUGAAUUUGAUCUUACAUGAGAACGAAUACGAUUUGACCUCAGUUGAUUCAAUUGUCAAAAAAUGCAUAGCGAUCGUCUUCGAUAAUUGGCAAGCUGUCAAACAUGUCAUCUGUCAUGAUUCUGAUGAAACGGAUUUGCACCUAAUGUAUCCAGAUGGAAACAUCGAUAUCCAUCUCAUUUUGAGUACCGCAUUCAGAACAACAAAGGAAUCUUCGGCGUUGCUGCAUACCUUAAUUCAAGUUUAUCCUCUUUCCGGGGAGCAACUUAUUGAAAUCGGUGAGUUUCUCAUAGAUCAACUGUUCAGUAUUCGCCAUAGCGGUGCUUUCCAGUCGAUCUCUCCUACAUUCCUUGCUUGUUGUUUAAGAUGUCGAAAGGAGAAUCCAAGCCUACUUAAAAAAUGGCUGGAUGAUGUUCUUAAAUCACUAGAAAUCAAAACCCAAAACGUCACUAGACGUUCGGGUGGUAUACCAUCCCUGCUAACUGUUAUCUUGGCCACCGAGACUAAUAAUGAACGUCCUCUCUUGAAGCAUGCUUUUGAAGUUCUAACUAGGAUUGCGUCAACCAAAAUAGACGAGCAUCAGGAUAAAGUUGAUCUUCCUCAGGUCAAUGCAUUCAACUGUAUUAAGGCCAUUUUCACAGAAUCUAAACUUUCGGAUGUCUGCGAUGAAUAUGCAGCUCAGGCCCUGGAUCUAGCUCUUGGAAAUUUUGACUCUCAGAUCUGGGCCCUAAGAAACUGCUCUAUCAUGCUCUUCACAUCUCUGCAAAAUAGACUGUUUGGAAAGAAAGGGAAGAGUGUUAGUGCACGAUUGUUCUUUACAAGAUACCAGGGCGUUCGAGAAAAUUUACUCGAUAUCCUCCGUUCCUCCAUGAGCAACACCUCAAGGGAUGAGGAAAAGUCGGAACAAGCAUCUCAGGUCGAAUCAAUAUUCUUAGUGCUGAGUGUGUUGUUGCGUUUGAAACCAACGCCUGGAUAUAAUGGACUUAAAGACUUUACUACUGAGAUAUCACGAUGUCUCAAGAGCUCCAACUGGAAAGUCAGAAAACUAUCUGCUCUGGUUCUAUCUUCAAUGGCGGAAGAUCCUUUAAGUUCUUCAGAGAGUAUUCUGAAGGAUUCGUCACCUAUGAAUCAAAACAGUCUGCAUGGCUACCUACUGGUAGUCAAAGAGGCAAUAAAUAGCAGACUCGAUGACAAAUCUGCAGAGCUUUCCGAUGAAUUAGUGAAUACGCUNNUUCUGCAAAGUGAUGAGCUUCUUUGCGAGAACUCAUGUUUUGUUACCGCGAAUGCUUACCUGUCUUUAAUGGCGAGCCUUCUGAAGCAAAAUGGCAGUUCGGUUGAUAAAGCUGAUAAAAAGCCUUUCCUAAAGUGUUUGGGCAGUUUUUUUGUGCAGCAAGAUAGCCUGUAUGCUGUUGAUGGGACUCGACAGCUUUGCUUGACUACGGCAAUCAAAAUUUUGUUAGAAUUUGGAAACCCAGAGGACGUUCCAGACAUCUGUGAACUAGGCAUUCUCUCACCAUUUUACGAAGUUCAAAAAGCUGUACUACAAUGGCUUACAGAAAACGUCCACCUAUCGAGCGGAAACUUUAAGGGUUUGUGCGACUCGAUAGAAAAAUUGGUUAACAGAAAGAACACCUUGUCAUCAGUCAGUUCUCUCAGCUUACUAGCCCUAGACGCCUUGAGUGCUGAGGUCAAUAUCGAGUUGUUACUAAAUUUGAUCGAGCGUCCCUCCAGUGAAGAUAUACAACUGACGGCGAUUGAGUGUAUUGGGAAAUGCUUACCUGCUAGUGAGUCUGGAACGUUAGAGAGUAUUGUUUCUCGUUUUGGUCGUGAGGAUUUGCCUUUGGCAUACAGAGUCGCAUGCUUCAAGUGUUUGACCAGAUACCCUAACAUCGGAAAUGAAGCAAAGCUUCUUUUCCAUAUUCAUCAAAUGUUGAGCGACGAUGAUGAGGAACUUAGAGAGAUGGCAGCCGCCUUUUUGAAUAACAUUCUUUCCCUAUCGGAUAAUUUGGACGGUGAGAAUAUGAGUCCCUCAGUUAUUGCAGAACGAUUUGGUUCGCGUGUAUCUGAAAUUUGCUCGAUACACGAUGUGCAAGAUAUCUCAAUGAACCAAAUAAAACAGUUCUUUGUAACCGAAGGAAAUGACCCACUGUGUUCCGAUAUUAAAUCCAACACCAAGAGUCUUUUCGAGCUGGAAAAGGACAAUCUUUACAAAAAUGAAUUAGAGCAGAACAUGCAGUACGUCAAAAUCCUACAGGCAACUGAAUAUGAUGAUAAACAAUUCAAGUUGUGGUUAGACCUGAAAAGAAAUGAAGUGACACACUUUUUGAGCAUUAACAGAAUCAUAGAUGGACCUUUCGGUUGGGCUAGUUACGGCGCCAUUUUCUCUAGACUUUAUGUUUUGAAUGCCUUGAUCUCAUCGUUCACUCCAGAGAAAUUAGAUGAUUUUAGAAAUGCAUUAACAAAAUCCAGCAUACAUCCAGUCAUUUUAAACCACAAAUGA